AUGGCCGCUGCUGGGCGGGAACGUCGCGCAGAGCGGCUGAAUGAGCGCCUCCGAGGCGCGCAGCGCACUAAUGUUGGAGACGACUCGUUCAACCUCAACAUCGACGGCCUGGAUCAGCCGCCGGCCAAGCCCUCGAGCUCUCCGAGCCGCACGCCGAACGUCUCUGCUAGGAAACGGAAACGCAACGAUGAGCAGAAGCACGAGGCCUCACAAGAUAGGCGAGCUACACGAUCAGCGACUAAAGCGCCCCCGGACUCGGCCGGCGCAUCCAAAGAAUCAUCAGGGCCUCCGACCGCAAGGAGCCGACAGUCGGACAGAACAAAUGGCUCAUCGAGCCGAGCAACAAGAAGCUCAAGCAGGCCUGGCCUAGUCCCCGCCACCCAGACGGACCUUGGCGCAGACGAGUUGGAGGCGGUGGCGCCCCUGCCUGCAAGCAUGCAAUCUCCAGAGCGCUCACGCCUGUCCGGCGCCAUGAUUGAGGAGGUCGAGGAAAGCCCGGCGCACGCCCCCGGGAGCGGACGGAGGCGGAACCUGCAGCUGAGCGCAAGUGCAAGCUCUACCGCGAGGCGACUACAGUAUGCCGUGAGCACGGACGAUGCGGCCCCCCCGUCGUCGUCUCCCCUGGUGCGAAAGGCCAGAAUGAGCGACGCGGCGGCUUCCAUGCGAUCGCGGGGAUCUGCUGGCGCUGUGUCUCGGCGGCCCAUGAGCGGAGAAGAGGAUGAGCUGCUGUCGGACGACAGGCCGAGGGACGCGACAGUCGAAGAAGAGCUGCCAGACCCUCUGCCUAUCGACGAAGACGAGCCCGAGACGCAGGGACAGCCAGAAGAGGCAGAGGCUUCGGCGGAAGAAGCGGAGGAGAUUGACGCGACCGAAGCCGCCAAAGCGCUGGGAAGAAAGCGGCCACGACGGAGCAUACGCACCAGCUCACCGGAGCUUGGAUCAGGGGCCGUGGGGGCAGAACAGGGGGAGCCAGAGCCGGAGCCGGAAUCGGAGCCGAAGACGAGGCAAAAGCACUCCAAGUCGAGAUCCAAGCAAAAGCUCAAGCCCAGGCCCAAGCCCAAGCCGCACAAAGACCCGUCGCCGGAAAAGAAGCAGCGCAAGCGAAACCCGGCACCCAGCAAGACGGUAGCAACGAAGCGUCGAGAGAGCGGCGGCAAUGACGAUGACGACGACGACGCCAUCGAAAUCACCGUCCAACGGUUCGUCAACAACAAGAAGCAAGCGGGAGGAGACGGUGACGACGACGGUCUAGACCCCCUACAGUCCGAGAUUCCGUUUGCCAACCGCAUCGGUGAGAGCGUCGUCGACGUGCUUGCGCAGGUGUGCGACGAGGUCAUGGCCGCCACGCUGGCGCAGUUUCGGCAGCUCGCCGACGAGGCGGACAGCGCCGCCAAGAAGAAGGAGUGCCGCGUCAAGAUGCGGGCGAUUGAGGCGUACAGGGAGGAGCUGGGUUCGAGGCUGCUCCAGCACGCGAUACAUCUGAAUCACUGGCACUCGCUGCGCAAGCAGGUCCAGCACGCGCAAAAGGAGAAGCUGGCGCUGCGGGGAGAGAUUCUGCGCCUCAAGGGGGAGAGGGAGCAGGUGGCGCUGCGAAUGGACGCGGUGCGCACCAAGCACGAGGCCGACAGCAAGGAGUCGACGCGUCGCAUCAACACAUCGACCCUCAUGCACGACAUUGACGUCGCCGUCGAGCAGGGCCGGGAGGCACCCGAGCUGUCCCGCGACGCGCAGAAGCAGGUCGACCUGGGCAACCUCGAGCUGAUGCUGGCCCGGGUGGCGGACGAGGCCAGCUCCGGGAGCUCGACGGGCGGGAUGCUGCGCCAAGUUACAGAGUUUAACGCCUUCCUGGAGCGAGCCGCGUUGGCCCUCGAAUCAAGAUGA